CGCAGAUUGUGCGCCACAUUUUCCAGUGGUGGCUGCCGCAGUGCACUGAUCUGCAGCGGCAGGAUACGGUACAGGGUGCGAGGAUCCUUAGCCGCUGUCGAGCUGAGGCGGGAAUAAGGCGAUCAGCAUGGCUUCCGCAAUGCAGCCAUGGUCUGCGAUCCGCUCGUCUGGUCCCUGCAGACAAGGCUCGGCAUUGUUGAUGUGUGGGAUGCAGAGUUGCAAUGCUUCCACGCCUGCAACCAGUGUUCUCUUCAAACAGGGGCUGCGGAACGGGUGCACUUGGGCUAGAAAAUGCGGACUGGUCUUUCGAAGGCACUUGUGUGAGGGGCAAGGUCAAUUAAGCGGACCUAAGCUCCGGCCUGCCCCCCGCUCAGGUGUGUUCGCCCAGCAGGGGAAAGAGUCAGAUCGGCAGCGACAGGCAGCCAGUGCGAAUGAAGGGGCGUCAAGAUCUGAUGCGAUUGGAGAGCAAGGUUCUCUUGGCAGUCAGACCGACUCCAGCCAGAGCGCAAGCUCGCAGGAGGAUCAGGCAACGGAUGGCCCGUCUGCGGGCCAACUCAGGGCUCUCGAGCAGGCUAUGCAACAAGCGCAAAGGCAGCUUGACCUCUUCACUGAGCAGCUUCAAGAGUAUGCGGAGUUUGACUCUUUCGAUCCGAAAUUCGACCAAGAUCCAAACCCAGAGAACCUGAGUUCGCUGGGGCCGGGGCGGGGUCUCUGGCAGGCCCCGUCCUUUUCCCUGGGGGUCGGACAGGGGCAAGAUGUGCCCCCUGAACUGAUGGAGAUGCUGGCAGGGGGUGAGGGGGAGGGGGCCGAGGAGUCGAUCUUUCCAGAGGACCGCUACUUUGAGGAGGUCAGCAAAGAGGAGCUGAAAGAGAUUCUGUACGGGAAUGGGGGGUUCGAGAAGAGCUUCCGGGGGGAAAGAGAAGCGGCUGCAGACUUUGAGCACUGGGGGGAGCUCUGGGAGGGCAGCGCGCAGUCAUCGGGGCGGGGGGCUUCAAAUGAGAGGGCACUUUCUAGGGGGGUGCCUCAAUCAGAAGGUCUCGAAAGGGGGGACAUAUCUCGCGAUCUCAAGGCAAAUGUUUCCAGACCAGGCGAGGCUGAGGCAGCCGCUCCUAGGCAAGACGGUCAGAAAGCAACCUCUACCGCCACAGCAAUUCCCUCUUCGGGGUCUGAAACUAGCACCCCCGGCAUAAAACCCUCCCCAAACAAUGGCGUCCCUGUUCCUCCCCUUCCCCCCCCUCGGGUCCUGCAGGCCCGCAUCCCCCCCCCUCCAUCCCCUCAGCCAAACCUCCUCCCUGUAUCCCCCCUGCAAAGACCCUCCAGUUGGCUGUCUGAUUCCUACCCCCCGCGCCAAGGCUUCCUUUUACCUCCGGCCGACCCCCCUAAACUGGCCCCACGGACAACCCCCCAUCACAGUCCCCCACCGCGCCACAGCCCCCACCCCCCGGCAGCCCCGGUGUACCCCCUCACAGGAGCGCCUCUUCAGGGGGCUUCCGAGCAGGUCCCAUGGCCCCCUGUGCCACCCCCCCCUGGAUCAGAUAACUCAUUCCGACCCCCUCUUGACCAGAGAAAGGUUCCGACCCCGGGACCAGCAUCGGUGGCUGACUCAGGCUUUCUGAGAAGCUCCCUUUCGGGCAAACCGUUGACGUCGGACAGGGUUCCCCGCCCCGAGGGCUCCUCACUUUCGGAUCGGUCCCCGCUUUCAUCCUCAGACUGGACCUCUUCUCCGGACAGGGCCUCCUUUUUGGAAGGGCCCCCUUAUCUGGAUGGGCCCUCACCGUCGGACAUAACCCCGUAUCCAAACGGGACCGUGCAAUCGGACGGGUCAGGUGAUCCGGACGCCCAGAGCGUCCGAUUCCGAGAAACCCCCCAGCUGCAGAGCGAGGCGCUGCGCCGGUUGUUCGCAAUGUCCCCUGAGGAGCUGCGUGCCCUGGACCGCCAGCUGGCGACAGGUGGCGCACAGCUUCAGGUGACAGGUGGCGCUGCGCUGGACCUCGGCGCCCUGGGGGCCCAGAACGGCCCCACCACGAACCCCCCGGAGAAGGAGCCCAUUCCUCAGCAGUCGACGUCCUCCGCUGCUGACGUCACUGCUGAGGUCAGCAAGGAGCGCCCCACUUCGAAUGGGCACAAGGCGAGGACGCUCGACGACAUCAUCGAUGAGCUCAGCAGCGUGACCGGUGACCAGAAGUUUGCGGACUUGGAUUCUUCUGCUCCUGGGGGGGGCUCGGUUGGGGAUCUGCUGGACCGCCUAAAGCGGUUGGUGGACAUUUCGGAAAAGGCAAUUGGAGACCUUGCGUUUGGAGGGGCUCUGCCGGAAGAAAAGGAAGGGAACGGCGAUGAUGACGACUCCUUGCCCUGGUACGAGGAGCCUGGCACGUGCAUGGACGACGAGUACUACGGCGGCAGCCGGGAGCCCCGCAAAGGCACCGAAAACGUCGCCAACCUGUUUGCUGACCCAGUCCUAGCAGAGAAACGCUUCUCUCGGCCUCUAGGAUACGGAGAACGGUUCACGGAGGAUGGGGUCGAGAGUGGUGACGUGGCAAGCCGAGAAGAGGGGGAAUCGGCGUCUCCUGACGUGACACUUACGUCAGCCGAAGGCCCCGGGGCGUCAAGGGGUGGCCAGGAAAGGAACGGGGUGCACAGUGGCGGCGGGUUAGGUCCGGAAGCUGCGGCGGUUUUGGGUGUGCGUUUGGGAAAACAGGACAAUGUCUCAGAUUCGGAAGCUGGUUCAAAAGGGCAAUCGGCGUCGGGCGCCGGCCUUUCGCAAAACCAGACGGUGUCCACAGCUGGGGGGACGUUUUCCGACGCCUCUAGUUCUCCAAACGCUGCUGGUUCUUCGGACGAUCUAAGGGACGCUUCUAUAGAAUCGAUGGCGGCCAGCCUGGGGAUGUUCCAAGAUGCGGGACCCGAUUCUAAGGUCAGCACUUUUGAGGCGCCGAGAGCGGGGCGCGGUCCGGAAAGUUCGUCCCAGGGGGGUGCCGGAAGCCCUGAAUCCGGGGGGGUGGAAGAGUCCAGUUCGGGAGGCGGGUGGCUCGGGCAGAAGGUGGCGAGAGUGGGUUUGGACGUCGGGUUAGGACUCGAAGAAGCGGUUAAACGAGCGGUUAACGAGCACACGGGGCCGGAAAGCCGGGCAAAGAAAGGGGCCAGCCGUGGUGGGGGCAUCUCGAAAGCAAUGGCCGAAACUCUGGAAGCUUCGAAGAAGGGGAGAGGUGGGGAAGAGAUGGCGGGGAAAGGAAGGAAGGGGAAGAGUCGAAAGGGAGCCCCAGCAAAGGAGGAAGUAAAAGCGAAAGGAGACCUGGUGGAGACGGAGAGUGCAGGAAGCGAUUUGGGAGGAAGUGGGGCAUCGAAGAAACUGCCGGGUAAAGCGCGCGAAAGCGUGACGGUGGGAAGGGACUUGGCCGUCAGCGAUGCGCUGUUUGGCACUCGGACGAGCGCAGCGUCUGGUCGGCCGGCAAACUCGUUUCUCAACCAGGCAAUUGCGGCCCAACGGGAGGGUGGUUUGACGCCUCCGAAAUCGCUGGCGUCAGCAAAUCUUGAAGAGGGUAGUGAAGCCGAGGCUAUUGAGAAAUCCUCGGAAUCGGACCAACAAGCAAAAUUUGACCGACUCCCCGCUGCAGAAUCUCUGUCAACUGCUCCGAAUCCUGGUCAGCCCAAGUCUGCCGAUGCCCUCUCAGAGUCUGACCAGCCGUUGAUCAGCGCCGAGACCAGUCGAAACCCUGAUCAAACCGGGUUAGCUGACGAAUCCUGGAACCCCAGCUCACCCCCAAACCCGUCAAAUCCUGAGGCUUCCGAACCCUUCAAACCCGAUUCCGUCGCUGAUUUAUCAAGCCCCGAGUCGACUCGCACGCCAAACGGGCAAUCCGCGCAGAAACCGCCGCGAAAGAAGGGGGACUACCCCGACUGGAUGCCCAAGUUUCUGGACCAUCUCCAUCCGGACAGUCCGAACUUCGACCCCGAAGCGUACGCCAAAACGCACCCCAUCAAGCGCGCGAUGAUGGACGACGACGCCGCGGGGCGCUUUCCGGAUUUCUCGCUGGAGGCGCUAGCGACCCCGGCGCCGGAACUCGCUAGGCUUCCCGAAGAGGAGACCAACGCCCCGGAGCACUCGUUCGAAGACCACCCGGCAAAUCGGGUCAAUGAGGCGCUCAAUAUCUCGGAAGAGCAGCGGGGAAGAGUUUUGGAGGCCGCGAACGCGGCGGACUUCGACCCGGCGGCUUAUGAUAAGUCGGCGCCGCCGUGGGAGGCGUUUCGGGGUUUCGGGACGGGAUCGAGGGACAUGGAGGGAUGGGAUGCGGAAGGACAGGUGAAUUUGCCGGAGGGAGAGCAGGAGUUUGAGAUUCGCACGAAAGAAGGGGGCACGAGAAAGGUGACGAUCCCGGCGGACGGCUUCAAAAACGAGCAAGAGCUGAUUGACACCUUUGGAGAUUUCGGCACGUACCCUUACAUGGCGGACAACUUCGAGGCCGUUGCAGACGAUGACAUCUUGCAAGAAGUGCCCCCCCCUGAUAUCCCCCCGGAAGACAAGGCGAUGCAGCUGAAAGUGGAGGAUCUCGCAUACUCGCUGCGCGACUUCUUGGCCAUGGACCGGGACCCCGAAGCGGACCCGUUCAAGAAGGGCCUCGUCAAUUCGUUCGUCACGUUCGAAGAUCCGCUGCACUGCUUCACCUCCGCAACGCUGCUGGAGGAAUGGCUGAAUCUCUUUGCUCGCAACGGCUACCCCCCCAGCCUGGACUUCAUCUGGUACGAGGCGGACCCUGCGCAUCGAUGGACCCGGUGGGUUUACACAACCAUGACGAUAACCCUGCCCAAGGACCUCAAGAAGCAACUCGAGGACUGGGGCGCACAGGGCUGGUACGAGGCCGAGUUCGGGGACGGGCCGGAACCGGAACCGGAACAGCCGGAACAGCGGAACCAACCACGGGACGAGGCAUUCAGAAAGGUGCUCCGGAAAGCGGGGGUCGAGCCGAUGAAAGAGAAGGAGAAGCCGCUAGUGCUGGAAAUGUUUAGCAAGUUCGAGAUGGACGAAGCGGGGAAGAUUACGUCGGUCUACAGCACAUGGGAGGACUUUGAAGAAGAAGAUGAGCCGAGUACGCCGAGGAUGCGCGCCAAGCGGCGGCUCUUCAUGGCUGCGCUCUUGCGCAAGGAGUGGGGAAGAUAGUCUUUGUGAAUAUACUCUCUGGCGCCUUCUAGUGACCUAUAAUGCUGGAGGAGAGGGGCCAGGAAGUCGAGUUAUAAGCAUGCAGUACAUAUAAUCUAAAGUGCCAAACUGAGAAAGGAACGUGCAUGAUGGACUGGGGUCAAGUCAGACGCUGUCCUGAACAUUUCGUCGGUCGUCGAACUUGAGUAGUGCAUGUGUACACUCGUAAGGUCGCUCUCUCGUGCCCAUGUAACGGUGUCUGCUUUUGGAAAUGCAUUGAAAGUGGAUCCUGCAGCGAAAGACACUCAGUGCAGUUGAAUAAAAGUGACUGCAACUGUUAGCAUUAGGCG